AUGGCAUCUGAAGCGUUCAGCCUCUCGCCGAGCACAGCAAAUCCACCCAAGCAUUCGACUGUUCUCAUUACUGGAGGAGCUUCUGGUAUUGGUCUUGCAACUGCACUCUAUCUACACAAUUCCGAAUAUAGCAACAACGUCGUCGUGCUUGACCGAGCUACCUCACCGCCACCAGUCAAGGAACUGCUGGAGUCUUCUCGAUUCCUGUACGUCCAAUGUGAUGUUACCGACUGGUCUUCACAACGUCGAGCCUUUGCCACAGCAGCCGAACGAUUCGGCCGUACCGAUCACGUCUUCAUCAAUGCUGGCGUAGCCGAGAUCGGCGAGCAGAUCUUCACCGAUCAUAAGGACCAGAAUGGCGAGCUGGCUGAGCCUGAUCGAAAGACGAUUGAUAUUGAUAUUCGAGCUGUGGGCGAUAGUCUCAAGCUUGCCGUGCAUCAUCUUCGCAACGACGCGAAUACUACAGGCGGCCCUCGAAAAGGAUCUGGGAAAGGUCAAGGUGGUAGUAUUGUCAUGACGGCGUCGUUAGCAGGCUAUCUCGCCUCAGCAGGAGCACCGCUGUACUCUGCCGCCAAACACGGUGUGGUGGGAUACUUGCGAGCGCUCAAAGGCGACUGUGCUAAAGUCGGCAUCGCGCUCGCGGUUAUAGCGCCGGGCAUCACGCUUACGAGUAUUAUUCUUGGUCGUAGACAAGGGCAGACUCUCGAGGAAUGGGGUGACGAGAUGAGAGCUAGAGGUGUACCGAUUAAUGAUGCCCAGACGAUUGGUCUUACGGUCGCUCAUAUCAUGGGGCUGGGGAUGAAGGCGAACGGGAACGGGUAUCUGAUCCAGAAGAAUCGGAUACAGGAGCUUGAGGGAGGGAUAGCUAAGUCGAGACAGCAAUGGAUGGGUAGGGAGAUGUUGGAUCUGUUUAGAGGAGGCCGUAAUGCCCCGUUGUUUCCUAACAAGCUAUAA